AUGGCAUUGUCAUCAGUAUCAUGUGAUUUUAAUCGAGAUAAUUCUCCUUCUCUUUCUUCAUUAUCUCCAACUGUUAUUCAUUAUCGUCAAAAAUAUGAAAAAAGAAAAAUUUCUCAAUAUAAUCAUCGAGAAGUUAGAAAACAUUAUCAUUUUGAAAAGCAACAUAAUCGAAAUAGAUCACAUAGGAAUACUUCAUUUCGACAACAUAAUCAUAGAUCUCUUAAACGACGACAAUCAUCUUGUUUAUGGGAAGAACAUAAAAGUUCAAAUGGACGAAUUUAUUAUUAUAAUAUUAUUACCGAUCAAUCUCAAUGGGAAAAACCAACACGAGAACAAUUAUCGUCAUCAAUUAAAAUAAGAUCUAUCAAUAAAAAUGAUUUUCAUUCAAAACGAUCUUCAAAUAAUAACAAUUAUUUAUUUGUUAAUAAUGGAUAUUAUUCAAAAAAAUCAAAUUUAAUUUCAAUAUCUAAUGAAAAUUUCAAUUCUACUCGUGAUCGAUCAUCUCAUUCCGAUAAAAAAUCUUCGAUUUAUCAACGAUCAGUCAAUAAAAAUGAUCGAAAUAAAUCUAUGAGAAUCGAUUAUCAUAAACGAAAAAAAGAUAAUAUUGAAGUUGAUUCAUCAUAUAAAAAAUUUGUAAAAGAUAAAAAUAAAAAUGAUGAUAUUAUUUUAUUAACACCAACAUCACCACCACCAAAUGAAAUAAUUCAAAUAGAUCAUGUUGAUCCACUUCCAACAUCAAAUAAUAGUCUUACAAAUAUUUCUAUUCCAUUUAUAAUUAAUUCAUCAAAAAAAUCUCAUUAUGAUAUAUUCUCAAAUUCUCUUAUUGAAAAUAUAUUUAAAUUAUUUCAUCGAAAACAAUCAAUAAAAACACAAAUUAAUAAAGAUAUUUCUUCUUCAAUUAUUAUUCCAUCAUCAUUACGUUCAAGUUCAAAUACAAUAAAUGCUAUUAUAGAAUUAGAACAUUCACCAUCAAUUAUUUUACCAAAUCAAUAUAAAUCUUCAUCAACAAUAACAAAUUCAAAUUCAAAUGAUAUUAAACGAUAUUAUCGUGCUGAUUUAAUUCAACAUUUACUUAAUUGGCCAUCAACACAAAUCGAACGUGAAAUUAUUCAUUUAUCAAAUGAACAAACUCGAAUUAGAACAUGUCAAUUAACAUCUUUACGUACGGAUUUAUAUUCAAUUCGACUUCGAUUAGAACGAAAUCGUUUUCAAUUACUAAAAUAUCAUCAUAUAUUAACUGCUCAACAACAUCUUAUUAAUCAACUUCAAUUAAUCGAUUCAGAUUAA